AUGUCGGGAGCAGCGGCGGGCGUCCAGCCCCCGCAGACGCACAAACAGGGUUCAGACCUGCCUCGCCAGCGCCAAGGGCACGCGCCGCGCCGCCCGCCUCGGUCCUGCGGCCCCGGCUGGAGCCGGCCUGUGCCCACCUCGCCCGAGCGCCGCCUGCAGGGCGCGGGGACCCCGGGGGCCGCGUGCCGCCCAGGCUGCAGCCGGCAGCUCCGCGUGCGUUUCGCUGACGCGCUGGGGCUGGAGCUGGCGCAGGUGAAGGUGUUCAGCGCGGGCGACGACCCUGCGGUGCCGCUGCACGUGCUGUCGCGGCUCUCCAUCAAUGCGGACCUGUGCUGCAGCAGCCAGGACCUGGAGUUCACGCUGCAGUGCUUGGUGCCCGACUUCACGCAGCCUGUCGACGCGGCUGACUUCGGCGAGAGGCUGCAGCGACAGUUCGUGUGCCUGGAGCGCGUCACCUGCUCAGACCUGGGCGUCUGCGGCACCGUGCGCGUGCGCAACGUGGCCUUCGAGAAGCACGUGGCUGUGCGCUACACCUUUUCAGACUGGCACAGCACGCACGAGGUGGCUGCUCGCUGGCGAGGGCCCGCGAGCGAGGAGGGGACCCACGACAUCUUCGCCUUCAGUCUGCCGGUGCCAUCUUUCCUACUGGCGCUGGGCUCGCGCAUGCACUUCGCGCUGCGCUACCGCGUGGCGGGCACUGAACACUGGGACAACAACGAUGGUCACAACUACAGUCUCACAUGCCGCAGCCACGCGCUGCACAUGCCCCGCGGCGAGUGCGAAGAGAGCUGGAUCCACUUCAUCUGA